AUGGGUUCUCCAAUGGACGCGGCCAGAGGCGGGGCCGGCGCCGAGCCGGGCCUGCAUAAAAUGGCGCGACUGCCCAGUCGUCCUCGCCUGUUUCGCGCGCGCGCGCUCAGCAUGGUCACGGGGCCCCACGCUGCCAACGGUCUCCUGCUGCUUCUGCCGUUGCUGCAGGUGGCGCUGGGCUUCGCGGACGGCGGCUGCGACCCCUCGGACCAGUGCCCGUCGCAGGCCCGCUGGAGCAGCCUGUGGCACGUGGGGCUUAUCUUGCUCACUGUCCUCCUACUGCUGCUGUGUGGGGUCACGGCCAGCUGUGUCCGGUUCUGCUGCCUUCAGAAGCGGGCACACACACAGCUGCACCUGCCUCCUGCCCCUCAGCCUUGCGACCUGACUGUCAGCCCUGUGGACAGCGACAGCCCUGUACACAGCACUGUGACUUCCUACAGUUCCGUGCAGUACCCACUGGGCAUGCGGCUGCCCCUGCCCUUUGGGGAGCUGGACCUCGACUCCAUGACCCCUCCUGCCUACAGCCUAUUUGCCCCUGAGCUGCCACCCUCCUAUGAUGAAGCCAUCAAGAUGACCAAACCCAGACAGGAGGAGCCGCCCUCCUCCCUGUAG